AUGGCAGCGUUGGAUGUCAUCACAAGACUGCUCAAAGCCGGCAAUGAAGUUAUUGCGGGGGACGAUUUGUACGGUGGAACAAACCGUCUGCUAACUUAUCUCAAAGAACAUGGUGAUAUUACCGUUCACCAUGCCGAUACGACCAAUCCGGACCUCAUCACCCCAUUAGUCAAGCCCGGCAAAACCGCCAUGGUCCUACUCGAGAGUCCCACGAAUCCGCUCCUCAAAAUCGCUGAUAUUGAACUUAUUGCUACAUAUGUACACCGUAUCGCGCCAGAUGCGCUUGUGGUCGUCGAUAAUACUAUGAUGAGCCCCUAUUUACAGCGCCCAUUGGAAUUGGGCGCCGAUAUCGUCUAUGAUAGUGGAACCAAGUAUUUGAGUGGUCACCAUGACUUGAUGGCAGGUGUCAUCGCGUGUAAUAGACACGACAUUAGCAAGGCAAUGCUCUAUCUCCGUUCGACUCCUUCUUGCUCCUCCGUGGAAUCAAGACACUGGCGAUUCGAAUGGAUCGGCAGCAACGCUCUGCCAUGGCCGUCGCGACGUUCUUGGAACGACAUGGUUUCAAGGUCCACUACCCUGGUCUCGCAAGCCACCCCGGAAAAGGAAUUCAUGAUAGAUUGGCCAGCGGACCCGGGGCGGUCCUCAGUUUUAUCACUGGAGACAAGGCUCUCAGUGAGAGGAUUGUGGGUGGUACUAGAUUAUGGGGUAUCAGCGUCAGCUUUGGUGCUGCACGCUUCAAUAGAUCCGGCCGUUCGUGCAGCUCGUGGUCUCCCAGAGGACUUGAUCCGUCUCUGUGUGGGAAUUGAAGAUCCGGAGGAUUUGAUCUACGACUUGGAGAACGCCCUUACAGAGGCUGGUGUUGUCUUGCCUUCGCCAUUGCCCGUCGUCGCGCCCUUCAGUCCCAUCAAGCUCGAGCCCUGGGCACCACCCCCACUUGUUGUCGACCGCAGGCCCUCUAUCGAAGAACCAAGGAAGCCCACUCAUCCUCAUUGGUUCGUUUCUGCUCCAGGCAAGGUUAUCUUGUUCGGCGAACACGCCGUGACCGCUAUCGGUGCCUCUGUGGACCUUCGUUGCUACGCCUUGGCGUCUCAUCGAGAUGAUGGAGAAAUUUCUCUACACUUGCCCGAUCUCAACGAUUGGUACCACUCUUGGAAGAUCGACUCUCUGCCUUGGGAGGCCGUCACACCUACCCGCGUUGGAGAAGACCACGGUCCACUCCUCGACCAACGUCUCAUGGACGCGAUCACAAAAGCUCUACCAAGCAGCGUCAACGAACCAGACUAUAUCCGUGCAAAAGCAGCCGUCACCGCUUUCUUGUACCUAUACAUGAUCCUACGACAAGAUGGAAAACCCAAGCCCAGCUUUAGCUUCAGCACUCGUUCCACACUCCCCAUUGGAGCAGGUCUCGGAUCUUCAGCUUCUUAUUCGGCAUCUGCGAUCAACUACAAUAUCAAGCAUGACGGUCGACGAGCUAUCCCGUCUUCUGUAGCUGAUGAAGUGAACAAGUGGGCCUUUGUUGCCGAAAAGGUCAUGCAUGGAAACCCGAGUGGUGUUGAUAAUACCGUGUCGGUAUUCGGUGGUGCUAUUGCCUACAAGCGCGGUGAAAAGGGUGGCAUGGACAGUCUUCAUGG